AUGGCCUCUACACCAGCACGUGAACGUCCCCAGGAAGCGAUUCAGGCGGAUUCCGUAUCCCAAAGGACAACUCCGGCCGCUGAGACCUCCUCAACACCCCCUUCAAAGGGAGCCAUUCCCAAAACUCGUACAUCCGCCAGCAACACUCCCAGGAGCGAACCGGAGGUCAUCAUCAUUGAAAAUGACCCGGAAGAAGUCGAGAAUCCCGCUGAGGACCCCCUCCCAUGGUGGGCUACAGAGGAGGAGAAUCGUGGGGAGACAGCACUACCCACCGAGGAGGUGAGACCAAUGCCGGUUCGCCAAGAUAAUCUACCCAUCAGGACCGAUUGGGAUUUUGAGCCUCGCCGCUAUAACUGGGACUCCCCCAAUCAUCGCCGUCAACAGUGUCCGGAGAGACGCAUCACAGUGUGCUUUAGCUGCGGCCUCAAAGGAGCUACCUCGAAGACCUGUCCUCAUUGUGGCGAUAAAUGGAGAGCCGCAAGUCCCUACGUGCCAUCUCUCGGUCGAAAUGUCCCUCGACACGAGCUCCAGGCUCAAGCCCCUCGACAGGACACCGAUGCAGCAACCCCAGCAGCCAAGAAUCGGGGCAAGCAUCGUAAAAAUCCUCCGGCUGCUAAACCUCCAAGGCCGGCCAAAACCUCUAGAACUGGGAGAGGAGGACCUCCACCAUCACCACCACCCAGGCGGGAAGAAAGUUGGGAUUGCUACCCCCCUUCGUAUGACCAAUGCCAAGAAUCUCGACACUUCACUAGAGGUUAUGACGAAUUCGACGAGCGCCCUCGCCGAACGCCCAUCCAAUACCAUCGCUUCCAGCCGGACCGAGAGCCAGGGUAUCAACCUCGCUCAGAGGACUACCCACCUUUGGCCAGGGGCCGAGGUUGGGGUAGAUCACCCGAGGACUCUGAAAGGAACAGAGACGGACCACGUCGAGGCCGCGGAGGAUUGCCGGACCCUCGGUACGAGACCGAGCCAUGGGAGUAUCCGAGAUCGAUGAGGGACGAUGGUGAUCGUCCACCGAGAGGCCAAGCCUACCCACAGAGAGGACAUGGUGGUGGGUACCGUGAAGAGGGACCCAGGCACCCACCUCCAGGCAACCACUAUGAUCAUCGGGAUUACGAUCGCGACUACUCGCCUAGAGGACCUGAACCACCACCACCUGGCUACUGCUAG